AUGGGCAUCGCCAUAUACAAGAUCGGAUCCCCCACCUGCAAUAUGCACCACAUCCGCAACCCCAACGACACAGACUUCAUCUAUGAUCCGCGCACCCAACCCCUAGAAGACGGCCCCGUCCUCCGCGGCCGCUGCGGACUCACCACAUUCACAACGGCCGAACAAAAGGGCCGAGCCGAACACCUACUCUCAGCCUUCGGCCGCGAUGAAACCAACAUCCCCGAGUUCGGGGGGGAGGCUGAUGCGAGGUUUAUGGAUAAGGGGGAUGCGCGACCUGUGGGGAGGUUGGUGCAGAAUUCGGCGUUGAGAGAGACGAUGGUGGCGCUUGAGGGGAACUUUUUUAGUGCUUCUAUAAUGGGAAGUUGA